GAUACAGUGGCUGUAUUAUACGAUAGCGCAGCGCGUAUUUCUCGCAAUCCAUAAAAAAUUAAACGGAAAUCGUCGUGUGCCAUGGACGAUUCUAAUUUCAGCGGCGUCCGUUAAAAAAAUUAUUUUAUACGAAAUAAACAAAAACAAUUAGUUCGUUGUCAAAAUGAAUUCAUCGACGGAUCCGACUUUUUUAGAUUUAAAUACAAGUUUUAGUAAUACCCCAGAGUUAUAUGCAACCAGUGUUAGUUCGGAACCGUCCCACGGAUUAGAAGCAGAGGAUUAUUAUGCCUGCGGAACCUUUAACUGCACCCCCAAAGAGUUUGUUGCCUUUGUGCUUGGUCCGCAGACCUUACCACUUUAUAAGGCAAUUUUGAUAACAAUUAUAUUUGGAGGCAUUUUUAUAACCGGGGUCAUUGGUAACCUUUUAGUGUGUAUUGUUAUUAUUCGACACUCGGCAAUGCACACUGCGACAAAUUACUAUCUCUUCAGUUUAGCUGUCUCUGAUCUGCUGUACUUACUAUUUGGACUACCAACGGAAGUGUUUUUAUACUGGCACCAGUAUCCAGAUCUCUUCGGCAUGCCAUUUUGCAAAAUUCGGGCAUUUAUUUCCGAGGCAUGUACUUAUGUUUCCGUAUUUACCAUUGUGGCAUUCUCCAUGGAACGGUUUUUGGCGAUUUGCCACCCAUUACAUUUGUAUGCAAUGGUGGGCUUUAAGCGUGCAAUAAAAAUAAUCACAGGUCUCUGGAUUGUCAGUUUCAUAAGUGCCGUACCAUUCGGAUUACUUUCGGAUAUUCAAUAUCUUAAGUAUCCAAUAGAUGGUUCUCGCAUUGAGGAAUCUGCAUUCUGUUCCAUGUCCGAGAUUGUUAAUGUCUAUCCUUUGUUUGAAGUAUCCUUUAGCAUAUUCUUCGUCAUUCCCAUGAUUCUCAUCAUAUUACUUUACGGACGAAUGGGAGCUAAAAUUCGUUCUCGAACAAAUCAAAAAUUGGGUGUUCAACAUGGCACCAAUAACAGAGAAACACGAAACUCACAAAUGAGGAAGAAGGCAGUGAUACGAAUGUUGGCCGCUGUGGUGAUAACUUUUUUUGUGUGCUGGUUUCCGUUUCACCUGCAACGGCUUAUAUUUCUAUAUGCCAAGGACAUGGAAAACUAUUACGAUAUAAAUGAAGCACUCUUUUCGAUUGCCGGAUUUGCCUACUACGUUUCAUGCACCAUUAACCCAAUAGUGUAUAGCGUAAUGUCACGUCGCUAUAGGGUAGCAUUCAGAGAACUUCUUUGUGGAAAAGCAUUGGGUGCAUACUAUAAUAGUGCAUUUGCAAGGGAUCACUCCAGUUUCCGGGAGAGCACAGCCACAAGUCUGGGAAACAACAUAAACUAUGACCGAGUUCAUUCUGUUCAUGUUAAAUCCAGCCGGCAUCAAAAUAAUAAAAACGAAGCGGACUCCUUAUCUGCAAACAGAGUGUUGAUAAAGAAAACAUACAGUCUUCCGCUACCGAAGAAUGCGGACUCUACCGUUCUUAGUACAACUGACAUUGUUAUAGUGCUAGAAAAUAGCCACACAGUUUGUGAAGAGCCCAAGGUGGAGAACGAUAUUUGGAUCGAAAAUGAGGAAACUUGUAUAUAAGCAGGAGGCCAAUGCACCUAUUGUAGUUUAAACUAAAGACGUCGAGUGAAAAACCUAAGGUUCUGUGCGCAGCUAUUUGUAGUUUAAAUUUAAGAACUCAGAGUUGUUUCCAAAUGUAAAAUAAGUUAGUCUGUUCCACGAAUUUGACUAAUUUUCAAUGACUCAGCACAAAAGAAGAUUAAAUUAUUGCUACCACAUCUCAUCAUAUUUAAUAAAAAGUACUAUGAGUUUUUUAAA